AUGGCGCCCAUGACUAACUACCGCAACAUCGUCAGCACAGUAAUGGGCUCGCUGCUCGUAGCCUGCGCCCUGAUCGUCGUAGCAUCCCCUUACGGCGCAAAAGCAGAGAUCUCAUGCCAGCAGGUGGCCUCUCAGCUGGCUCCCUGCAUCAACCACGUCUUGGUCGGAGGCGGGGUGUCGCCGGUCUGCUGCCAAGGGGUCAAGAAGGCGGCUACAGAUGUGAAGACGUCGGCUGAUCUCCGGGCGAGUUGCCAGUGCGUUAAGGACAGUACUGCAAGGUUCCCUGGCGUCAACUAUGGCAGGGUUAAUGAAGUUGCACCCAAAUGUGGCACCUCCGUGCCUUACACUGUUAGCCCCAACCUUGAUUGCUCCAAGUAA